GGUAGAAACUUGUCUAGCUAGAGUCUCAAUUGAGAUUCAUCAAAUCCCCGGUAUCACGCCUAGGCAAAUCUUUCCCUUAAAAGUCGAGAGAUUAGGUUAUGGUCAAGAGUAUCCACCCACCCUGAAACCAUUUGCACCAAUAAAUCCGGUGAUUUCCUACGAAUGCAAGACUUCAAUGGACAUAUUUACUUUGUUCUGCUUUUUAUGCUGAGAUAUUAUUUACCUUAGAGGCAAAUCACAGGUGACAAAAUUCAGAUGUGGAGGCUUCAUUUUAGGGGUGGCAAUUAGCCAUUACAUAGCAGAUGGGGUGUCGGCAAUGAAUUUUAUGAACGCAUGGGCUGAAAUUGCAAGAGGCAAGCCGUUAUCCCUGGUCCCUUGUCAUGAUAGAGCCAUCCUAAAACCAAGGGUGCCUCCUCAAAUCACGGGUCCUUACAACGAAUUUGUUCAAAUAAGUGACGUAUCAAACCUCAGGGCAUUAUAUGAGGAACAACAAUUGGUAUACAAAUCCUUCCACUUCGACGCUGAGAAGCUGGCGACCCUAAAAAGAAUGGCCACAAAAGAUGAGCAGGUAACGAGCAUAUGCACCAGCUUUGUAGCACUGGCAGCCUUUGUGUGGCGGGUUCGCAGUAUGGCCCUCAAGAUGAAACUUCACCAACAAUUAAAGCUUCAUUUAACAGUCAAUUUCAGGUCGAGGCUAACAACCCCAUUGCCCGAGGGGUACUUUGGGAACGCCGUGGUCUUUCCCUGUUGUCUCUGCACCAUGGGAGAGUUGAUCGAGGAGCCAAUCUCUGCUUCUGUGACAAGAAUAAAGAAGGCAAUCGAGAGUGUGACCGACAAUUACGUACAGUCGAGAAUCGACUAUUAUGACAUUAAUCCUUUUGAGCGACUCCCUGUGGGCAGACUAUUAAUAAGUUCAUGGACAAGGCUCGAGUAUGGCUCCACAAACUUUGGGUGGGGAGAGCCAAGGUUUGGGGCCGGUGAACCACCAAGAGAAACCUGCUUGUUUAUGAAGGAUGGGAGAGAAAAGGGCAUUGAGGUGGUGUUGGGUUUGCCACUUCCAGCCAUGAAUACCUUCGAGAAACUUGUUUGUGAUCUUAAUGUUGCUUAGUACACUAAUACUGGCAUUCCAAACUAUUUUACAAAGUGUGACCAACUAUACGUGAAUCAGUGUAUCCAACACCUGAAUAAAAUCCGUCACAUCACUUAAAUAAAUCAUUACCAAGAGUUUAGUCUAUAUACCUAAGAUAAUUAGUUGGAAUUCUGAGCAUAUCUUGUGCCUUCCUAUGUUAUUUCAGUUAUCAUCGUCCC